CUCCAUGGAGGAGCAGGAAAACAACUUUGUGCUUUCUCUUGGAGCCAACACCAGCAAGUGCAGCCUUGAGACCGGCCAAACAGAGGCCCCAACACACUGGGCAGGAGCAACCAGGGGUGGCCCAGAGGUGGUGAUUGUACCGGUGCUUUUUGGGUUGAUUUUUCUCCUGGGAAUGGUGGGAAACACGUUAGUGUUGGUUGUUUUGGGGCGUCUCCGGCCUGGGGGCCGCCCAUCGCGCAGUGCCACCAACAUCUUCAUCCUGAACUUAAGCAUCGCAGACUUCUCCUUUCUGCUCUUCUGCGUUCCCUUCCAGGCCACCAUCUACUCCCUUCCAGAGUGGAUCUUCGGUGCCUUCUUUUGCAAGUGGGUGCACUACCUGGCCAUGGCAACCAUGCUGGUCAGCAUCUUCACCCUGGUGGCCAUGUCUGUGGACAGGUACAUUGCCGUGGUCCACGCCAAACGCUCGCCCUGCAUCCGCAGCAAGCGCAACGCUGCCCUCGGCGUGGCUGGCAUCUGGCUGCUGUCUCUCCUCAUUGCCAUCCCCGUGGCCCAGCACCAGGCCCUCAUGAGUGGCCACCAGCAGGCACCCAACAGCUCUUUCUGCUGGGAGCACUGGGCAAGCGGCUCCACAGCCAAGCAGAUGUACAAGAUCACCAUCCUGCUGGUGGGAUACCUCCUGCCCCUGCUGCUCAUCACCUGCUGCUACGCCAAGGUUUUGUACCAUCUCCAUACGAAAGUAAAGAAUAUUUCCAAGAAGUCAGAGAGAUCAAAGAAGAAGACAGCACAGACAGUGCUUCUCGUGGUUGCUGUGUUCCUGCUCUCCUGGCUGCCACACCACAUCAUCACCAUGUGGGCAGAGUUUGGGCACUUUCCCCUGAACAACAUCUCCUUCACCUUUCGCAUCAUCUCCCACUGCUUGGCCUACGGGAACUCUUGCAUCAACCCCAUCCUUUACGCUUUCCUCUCGGAGAAUUUCCGCAAGGCCUGCCGGCAAGCCUUCACCUGCAAGCUCUUCCUGCGGCCGCUUUCCGCUGAGAAACUGGCCAGAGUGCGCAUGGAGAACUUCUCUACCACACACUCCACCACAAACUUGUAAGCUGGGCUCACAAAUAUGUUUCAGGAGGAAGAGGAGGGAAGAAGGUUCUGUCUGGGGAGAACAUGCGUGCAAGUGCAUUCCAGGGAGAGGCAGAGUCUGCAGAAGUGUGGAUUUUGCCAGGUUACUGGAGUGGUAGGAGACAUAUUUCCCUCACUGUGCUGAUAUGUGACAGAGCCUGUCCUAGGGUACGUUGCUAGACACUGGGCUAUGUGCAACAGAAUUACCUGAAUGCCCAUAAGAGAGAGCCCAAACGAAGUUGUGGUUAUGACCAUAGGAUCUAAAAUAGGAUUUACACAGAAGGUAGAAUAUGUACAGGCAAGAAGACAGCAGCUAACUAUGUCUGUAGUCAGAGAUGUGAAUGAGUAAUGCAACAUUCAGAGAGCAGUUUGGGAGAAGUCAAACUAAAGUCUUUGGUUGUUCUUUGUCUCUUCAACGGAUUUGACCAUGUGUGAGCUGCAUACACAUUUAGCUCACUGCUGGUGGUAGGGUCUCUAAAUCUCCUUGAAGGCUUUGCUGUAGCAUUUACUUAUUGGGCAAUUACACCUUUCACAUGAUGUGUCAGUGGUGUGGCUGUCUGCAUUUGGUGGCUCUGUAUCAGCUUACACAUCCCAGAGUUUGACUGUCCGUGUGCUCCUGUGUGUAAUUACUGCUGUUAAUCACCGGCUCCAGCAACUGUCCCUUGGUGAGCAACAAUAGGAAAAUGGUAUUUCUCAAUAUAUGCUUAAAAAACUGUGAUUUUGUUUGAAAGUACCGUCUACAAAAGGUUUUGUUGGUAAAUACAAUGUUCUCUUGAGUCUCUCUACCCAAGGCUUUUUAUUAGCCACUUUAGUAUAUAAAUGCCUGAAAUUUGUAGUGACAGGCUUUUUGUUUGAGGUUUUUUUGACAGACUGCUUUGAUCAACAGUGCUCUAGCAACAAACAGGUAAGGGCAUUUGUAACAAGUUCAAGAUUACUUCUUGUAACUAUAUAAACUGCA